AUGUCUAGUCCACAAGGUAUUCAUGUUGCUCAUAUAAUUAUUGAUGGACAAAUUAAUACCCCUAGUCAAGUUCAAAGUCAACCUGACAGAGAUAUUGAGACAUUUCUUAAUAGUGAUGCGAUUGCUGAGACAUAUUGGCAAUUACAUAUUCAACCUCGUUCAACAUGGACACAAGAACUUGAUCUUCGUCCUUCAGUGGAGAAAUUUUAA